AUGGCUAAAAGCUUAUUUUUCACUCUCAUUCUUCUUUUCAUGUCCAUCAUGAGACCAACACACUCUUGUUUCUGGAGAAGCAAUAACUACACCAUCUCCAUAUUCGACAGCAUUCUCGACAAAUCGGAUAAUAUAUGGUUCCAUUGCGCGUCAAAGGACAACGAUUUAGGGAAUCACACGCUUAAUCGGGGGUUUUUCUACUAUUGGUCGUUUUGCACAAACUUUCAAAAGACAACCAUGUUUUUUUGUCGUUUUCAUUGGGGUCCCAAACAGAGGGCCUUUGAGGUUUUUAACUAUAAGUUGGGGAAGAGAAUGUGUAAGAGUGGAACUUGCCUUUGGUCUGUAGCUGAUAAUGACGAGUACACCAUCUCCAUAAACAACAACAUUGCCGACAACAAAUCGGAUAAGAUAUCGUUUCAUUGCGCGUCAAAAGACAAUGAUUUAGGUAAUCACACACUUAACGGGGGAUCUUCCUACAAAUGGUCAUUUUGCAAUAACAUUCUGAAGAGAACCAUGUUUUUUUGUCGUUUUCAUUGGGGUCCCAAACAGAGGGCGUUUGAGGUUUUUAACUAUAAGUUGGGGGUGAGGAUGUGUAAGGAUGAAUUUUGCAAUUGGUAUGUACAGAAUGAUGGUUUCUAUUUGAGCGGCCUUAACACAACAAUGGCUAAAAACUUGUUUUUCACUCUCAUUCUUAUUUUCAUGUCCAUCAUGAGACCAACACAGUCUUGUUUCUGGACAAAAGGCUACACCAUCUCCAUAUACGACGGCAUUCUUGACAAGUCGGACAAGAUAUCGCUCCAUUGCGCGUCAAAGGACGACGAUUUAGGUAAUCACACGCUUAAAGGGGGCUUUAACUACGACUGGUCGUUUUGCGAUAGCUAUUGGAAGACGACCAUGUUUUUUUGUCAUUUUUAUUGGGGUCACAAGGAGAGGGCCUUUGAGGUUUUUAACUAUAAUUUGGGGAAGCAUAUGUGUAAGAGUGGGACUUGUACUUGGUCUGUAGCUAAUGAUGGUUUCUAUUUGAGGGAUGGUAGGUUUGGGACGCCCUUCAAACAAUAUGAUUGGCAAAAUAACACAGCAAUGGCAAAAAACUUCUUUUUCACUGUUAUUCUUCUUUUCAUGUCCAUCAUGAGACCAACACACUCUUGUUUCUGGACAAAAGGCUACACCAUCUCCAUAUACAACAACAUUCUCGACAAACCGGACAAGAUAUCGUUCCAUUGCGCAUCAAAGGACGACGAUUUAGGAAAUCACACUCUUAUAUGGGGCUUUAGCUACGACUGGUCGUUUUGCGAUAACUAUUGGAAGACGACGAUGUUUUUUUGUCAUUUUUAUUGGGGUUCCAAGGAGAGGGCCUUUGAGGUUUAUAACUAUAAUUUGGGGAAGCAUAUGUGUAAGAGUGGGACUUGUAUUUGGACUGUAGCUAACGAUGGUUUCUAUUUGAGGGAUGACAGGGUUGGGAAGCCCUUCAAACAAUAUGAUUGGCAAAAGUUUGGGAUGCCCUUCAAACAAAACCAUUCGAGGAAUGGCAGCUUCGAGCCUCCUCUCCAACCUCCUGUGAAGCUUAUUCUUGAUCCUCCUCUGAAGCCUGUGAUGAACUAA